UCGGUGUUAGUGCUCGCUUGUGGCAAUCGUGAUUUGUGUAAAGUGCGAUGUUUUGAUAUGAAUAUUUAUAUAUGGUUGGUUCUGUGAUAUAUUAAGGUGUUGGGAAUCAAUCUAGAUAUGAAGACGGAGCACCGCACUUGCUGUGCGUGUGGGGAGCCUAUAGCAGACCGCUUCUUGUUAGAGGUGGGUGGGGCCGCCUGGCAUACCGGCUGCUUGCGAUGCUGCGUGUGCGCAGUCCAGCUUGACCGGCAUCCAUCCUGCUUCCUCCGGGAUCGACAAGUUUACUGCAAACAGGACUAUGCCAAGAGUUUCGGUGCGAAGUGCUCGAAGUGCUGUAGGGGUAUAUCGUCAUCAGACUGGGUGAGGAAGGCCAGAGAGCAGGUGUACCACCUAGCUUGCUUCGCAUGCGACGCCUGCGGCCGACAACUAUCGACGGGUGAACAAUUCGCGUUACAUGAAGAUAGAGUGCUCUGCAAACCACAUUACUUAGAGACGCUUGAUGGCGGAUCAAUUUCCUCAGACGAUGGCUGUGACUCCGAGGGCUACCACAAGAGUAAGGCGAAGAGGGUACGCACAACAUUCACCGAAGAACAGCUGCAGGUCUUGCAGGCCAACUUCCAGCUCGACUCAAAUCCAGAUGGUCAAGAUCUGGAGAGGAUUGCACAAGUAACAGGACUUAGCAAGAGAGUGACACAAGUAUGGUUUCAAAACAGCAGAGCUCGGCAAAAGAAACACCAGCACACAGGGAAGGGGAAACAAAGCCAAGUGAUGAGGGAUCCUGAUGUGGGGUUUGGCAGACCCAUCAACCUUCACCUUACAUAUUCUUUCCAGAACAAGCCACCUUUUGUUCCAAUAGAUGGAACUUCGUUCACGGAUUCUUCAAUGGAUGAGUUGUCAGAAGACUCCUCGAUACACUGCAUGCAGAGUGAAGUGUAAACUAGUUUUUGUGUAGUAAAACCUUUAAAUGGGUAUUUUAAAAUGGAUUACUAUCAACUAUUUUGAUCAAUGAUCAAUUAUUCUAACAGACUGAGUAAUAUAUCAACACCCUAGCCGUUGAGGCCUACCAUCCCCUUAAGUGAUAAAAUAAAGAACUACUAGGAACAACAGACUAGAAAUUGAGCUUGUACGAUCCAACUCUAAAGACCCUCUGUUGAUAAAUUGCCAUAACUCACCCUAUGUAUGCUUUUCAUUACAUAAACGUGUGAAAAAGUACUAAAAAUAUAACGCGAUAAACUAACUCAAGAAACGUACCUAUCCCUUAUGUUUUUGAGUUAAGACUUUAGUAAUGUAAUAGUUCAAUAUUGUUUUAUUAUUUCUUUUAGUAAUAGCCGCAAGGAGCCGUAAUGUACAUAAAAUGUAAAAGUGUAUAUUUAUAUUCGCUUAUUCGAAAUAUUUUUUUGCUGAAUGUAGCUUAAAUUUUUGCCCAUAAAUAAAGCUAAGAAUAUGACCAUGUAAACGUGG